AUGAGUCGCACGGAGGCUGAUCUGGCGAUAAACAUCCGCAAGGCCACGAGUAUCGAUGAGACUGCGCCUAAACGGAAACAUGUUAGAAGCUGCAUUGUGUAUACAUGGGACCAUAAAUCGUCGACUGCCUUUUGGGCUGGAAUGAAGGUGCAACCGGUGCUUGCCGACGAAGUACAGACGUUCAAGGCUCUUAUCACCAUACACAAGGUUCUGCAGGAGGGUCAUCCGGUCGUCAUCCGUGAGGCGCAACAACAUGUCAAUUGGGUCGAUAGCUUGAUGAGGGGCGUCGGAGGAGAGGGCAUUCGAGGAUACGGCCCUUUGAUUAGGGAAUACGUCUUCUAUCUGGAGUCUAAACUGGCCUUCCACCGGAAUCAUCCCGAGUUUAAUGGACUUUUUGAGUAUGAGGAGUACAUUAGUUUGAAGUCGAUCAAUGAUCCGAAUGAAGGAUACGAGACCAUCACCGAUCUUAUGGGCCUGCAGGAUCAGAUCGAUGCAUUCCAGAAACUUAUCUUUUCACAUUUCCAAUCAGGCACUCACAAUGAAUGCCGGAUUUCAGCCUUGGUUCCUCUUGUCCAAGAGAGCUAUGGAAUCUACAAGUUCAUCACUAGCAUGCUCAGAGCUAUGCACACCGCCACGGGUGACGCCGAUGCGCUCUCUCCUCUGCAUGGCCGUUAUGACGCCCAGCACUAUCGGCUCGUCAGAUUUUACUACGAAUGCUCGAAUCUACGUUACCUGACCAGUCUCAUCACUAUCCCCAAACUUCCGCAAGAUCCGCCAAGUCUUCUUGGAGAAGACGAGGAACGUCCAGCUCUACCAAAGCGACCGACUAAGGAGAUCGAGGCGACGCCAUCCCCGCCGCCGAAGCCUGUGGCUGUCGAACCGGAGCCCAUCAAUGACUUUUGGAGCACCGAGGCUCGGCGUCAGCAGGAAGAAUUCGAAGCUGAGCAGCGCCGCCUUCAGCAACAGUGGGAAGACCAGCAGCAACAGCAGGUUCUUGCGCAGCAGCAAGCUCAGCGUGACUUUGAAGAGCAGCAACGUCUACAGGCAGAGCAGCAGCGCCUCGCCCAGGAGCAGCUUAUGCGAGAGCAGUACCAGAGCCAGACUCAGGGUCGACUGGCCGAACUUGAACGUGAAAAUUUAAACGCCCGCGCACAGUACGAGAGAGACCAGCUGAUGCUCCAGCAAUACGAUCGCCGUGUUAAGGACCUGGAAGAGCAGAUGAAUCAGCUGACAUCCAAUAUGAACAUGCAAAAUGCCUCGAAGGACGAGCAAAUUAGAGCCCUUCAGGAGCAAGUCAACACUUGGAGAAGCAAGUACGAAGCUCUGGCCAAGCUCUACUCUCAACUCCGACAGGAACAUCUGGAUCUGCUCCAGACAACGAAGAGUCUCAAGCUCAAGGCUGCGUCUGCCCAGGAGGCUAUUGAGCGACGAGAGAAGCUGGAGCGUGAACUCAAGACGAAGAACCUCGAGUUGGCUGACAUGAUCCGGGAGCGAGACCGUGCUCUCCACGAUCGGGAGCGUUUGACGGGAUCCAACAAAGACGAGUUGGAGAAGGUUAAGCGAGAACUCCGCUUCGCCCUCGACCGAGCAGAGAAUGCAGAGCGGCAGAAGGGCACUGAAAUCUCCUCCUUGCUCUCGAAGUACAACAGAGAGAUGGCUGAUUUGGAGGAGGCAUUGAGGAAUAAAACUCGCGCACUGGAGGAGUACAGCGCCAACAACGAGCUCCGAAGUGGAGAUCACGACACUGCUCUGCGCGAAAAGGACCAGGAAAUCGAGGUGUAUAAGUCCGCUAUGGAGCAAGCCCUGGAGGAACUCGAGGAGCUGAAGCUGAGCCAAGGUGACGCCGACAAUGCCCUGGAUACUCAGAUCGACCAUGUCUUGCACGGCACUGUCUCUAAAAUCAACGACAUUAUUGACUCUGUGCUUCAAGCCGGUGUGCAACGUGUCGAUGAUGCACUCUACGAGUUGGAUUCCAGUAUGCAGGCUGGUAACCAGAAUGCUUCUCCCCCAUACGUUCUCUCUCAGAUUGAGAAGGCUUCUGCUUCGGCAACUGAGUUUUCCACUGCCUUCAACAACUACAUCAGCGACGGACCGAACAGCCCUCAUGCGGAGAUUAUCCGGACGGUUUCUACCUUCUCUGGAGCUAUCGCUGAUGUCCUUAGCAACACGAAGGGAUUGACCCGCUUUGCAAACGAUGACAAGAGUGCUGAUCAGCUGAUAAAUGCCUCCCGCAAGUCCGCGCAAGCCACUGUGCGUUUCUUCCGAGGACUCCAGUCCUUCCGCCUCGAAGGCCUGGAGGCUAUGAAGAAGGUGGAUGUGGUUAUCAACAACAACUCUGAGGUGCAGAGAGACUUGCAGGCUCUAUCAAAGCUCGUAGAUGCCUUCGCACCGAAGAGCACCAGAAUCCAAACCAACGGUGACUUGGGAGACUUGGUCGACCAAGAGCUCACAAAGGCUGCAGAUGCGAUCGAUGCCGCAGUGAAGCGACUAGCGAAACUCAAGAGCAAACCCCGCGAUGGCUUUUCUACUUAUGAGCUCAAGAUCAACGACGCCAUUCUUGAGGCUGCGAUUGCCGUGACAAACGCUAUCGCUGAGCUCAUCAAGGCCGCUACUGCGUCGCAGCAGGAAAUUGUCCGAGAAGGACGUGGUAGUUCCUCGCGCACCGCAUUCUACAAGAAGAAUAACCGCUGGACGGAGGGUCUUAUCUCGGCUGCCAAGGCUGUCGCCUCUUCAACCAACACAUUGAUCGAAACCGCAGACGGCGUGAUCUCUGGUCGUAACUCUCCUGAGCAACUUAUCGUGGCAAGUAACGAUGUUGCUGCCAGCACGGCGCAAUUGGUCGCUGCCAGCCGUGUCAAGGCCACGUUCAUGAGCAAGUCGCAGGAUCGAUUAGAGACUGCAAGCAAGGCUGUCGGUGCGGCUUGCCGGGCUCUAGUGCGACAGGUGCAGGAUAUAAUCGCUGAGAAGAACCGCGAUGACAACGAGGCGGUGGACUACGCGAAGCUCAGUUCUCACGAGUUCAAGGUGCAGGAGAUGGAGCAACAGGUCGAAAUUCUCCAGCUCGAGAACGCUCUCGCUCGUGCCCGGACACGCUUGGGCGAGAUGCGCAAAAUCUCCUACCAAGAAGAUUAA